GAUGGCACUGGGGGCAUGGGGACAGGGUUGUCCCUGGUGCCACCACCGUGUCCCCUGUGUGUCCCCACAGAUGACGCCCCACGGUUCCGGCGCCGGGGGACGCUGGCGCUGAGCUUGGGCCCCGAGCCGGCAGUGGCGCUGGCCCAGAAACCGCUCGGGGACGAGGAGCGCGCCCGGCUCAGGGAGGUGGCAGCGCGGGACGGGCUGUACCGGGUGCGGGUCCCCCGCAAGCCCCUGGGCCCUGGCGAGGAGGGGGGCACUGAGUUCGUCACCUCCUUCGUGCGGGCCUGUGCCCUGCUGGAGUCACACCUGUCAGACCAGCUGACGCUGCACCUGGACGUGGCCGGGAACGUGGUGGCCCUGGGGGUGGUGGCAACUCCGGGGACCUGCCGGGGCACCGAGGUGGAGGACGUGGACCUGGAGCUCUUCAACAGCUCGGUGGCCCUGAGGCAGCCCCUGCCUGCGGCCACCCCUGAGACGGCCGCGUUCAUCCGGCACCUGGAGCAGGAGCAGGCGCAGCGCGCCCGGAACCCCCAGGAGCAGAAAUCCUUCUUCGCCAAAUAUUGGAUGUACAUCAUCCCCAUCGUCCUCUUCCUCAUGAUGUCCGGAGCU